AAUUUAGUUCUGGGUGCAUCCCCCCUUCGUCUGCCCGCCCUCAAUAUUUCAACUUCAUGAAACGAGCGAAGCAAGCAUCUCUGUGCGGCCAGAUGAACUGCACGCUCAACGCAGAUCGGUCUUUUGGGCCACGCACUGAGCCCGGCUGCCGGUCCUUCGACUUCACCUUGCUUUUCGAGGACCUCUUCUUUGCUUGCUUACCUGCCGCCCUUUUCAUCGCACUCUCGCCAUGGAACUUCGUCAAGCUGCUCCGAAGACCAGCCCUUUUCUCGCUUAGCACCGUACUCCUCGCAAGCAAAUUGGUCACGCUUACUGCCUUGUUUGCCGUGCAGCUUGCCUUCUUGGCUCUACGAGUGGCGGAACCGGUGACAAGCACGUCUGCAUCGAUUGCUGCUGAUGUAUUGAGCUCCAUCGCUACUGUGGUGGCAGUGGUCUUGGCCGUGCUGGACCGCCAGCGGGCCCCUCGCCCCUCUACCUUGCUCACUCUCUAUCUCUCGUCAGCCGUGCUUCUUGGUGUUGCUCGGGUCCGCACGCUAUGGCUACUAGCAGCCUACAGCACCGUCUCGGCCUUAAUGAUUGCUACCUUCGCACUCACGUGCGUGGCCUUGCUUUACGAGUCGGCCGAGAGUCGUACAGAUCUAAUCACCACUCACAACCUGGGCAAAAACCCUCGCGCCCCCGAGGAAGUCAGUGGGUUCUGGAUCAGGACUUGCUUUACAUGGCUCGCGUCCACGUUCCGGCGGGGCUACUCCCGGAUCAUCUCUAUAGAUGAUCUGCCUCAUCUGGACAGCGAGCUUCGUUCCUCUGGGCUCGGCGAAAGACUGGCCUCCAAAUGGGUUAAGCGUAGAGAAGGGGGCCGCUAUAGGCUACUUCGAGCUUGCCUCGAGAGCUACUUCUUUUCGUUCGCGUCGCCCAUAAUCCCCCGGCUGUGCCUUACCGCCUUUACCUUCUCGCAGCCGCUCCUCAUCAACACCACCGUGACCUUUGUGGGCUAUAGAGACCCAGACGCCAAUUACGGGAAAGGACUCAUCGGCGCCUGGGCUCUUGUAUCUCUAGGCAUAGCGGCCUCCAGCUCAGUCUAUAACUACCAGAAUUUCCGAUUCACCACCAGGCUCAGAGGAGGACUGAUUGCCCUCGUGUACCAACGCGCUCUGGGGACAAGAGACGUGGACGCGGGGGAAGUUACCGCGGUUGCGCUGCUCGGCGCCGAUGUUGAACGCAUCAAAGCCUGCAUGGGGGCGCUCCACGAAGUCUGGGCCUCGCUCCUCGACAUCACCAUAGCAAGCUGGCUUCUCGGUGUGCAGCUAUCGGUCGCAUGCCUUGCGCCAAUCGUCUUGGUCCUUGCUUUUAUCGCCGCCACCACCAAAGUCUCGUUGUUGAGCAGGACCGCGCAAAUGAAAUGGAUCGAGAAGGUCCAGGCGCGGCUCCGGAUCACCACGAGCUUAUUGAGUAACAUGAAAUCGAUUAAGAUGUCCGGGCUCGAACAAGUUAUGCGCAACAUCAUGCAGGCCACACGCGCCGACGAGAUUAAUACAUCGAGCAUGUUUAGAAAGCUGCUGGUGGCCACGCUCACACUGUCACUUGCUCCGAUUAACCUAGCCCCUGUGGUCACCUUUGCGAUCUAUGUCAUCAUCUCAGUCUUCUGGAAGAACGGCACAUUGCUGCCCGCACAGGCGUUUACUUCCAUUGCAUUAGUCUCAAUACUCACAGUCCACGUCGUGGUGUUCAUCCAGGUACUUCCGCAGGUCAUACAAUGUCUCGCUAGCUUUGAUCGGAUUCAGGAGUUCUGCAGUUAUGGUGAGAAUUCGGGCUCCGACGGCCCAGAGUACAGCCUUGCCCACGGAGAUCCCGAGAACAAGCCCGAUGGCAAGUCUUCAUCGCUAGAUAAAAAUGGAAAUGCCAUUCAAUUACAGCAGCAAGACAUGGCGGUAUCCUUCUCCGGCGAGUGUUUUGCGUGGGAUAAAAAUGCUGCUCCUAAUCUGACAGAGUUGAACGUCGAGUUUCCGAUUGGAACCAUAUCCGCAAUUGUCGGGCCCGUCGGAAGUGGGAAAUCAUCAAUCCUGAGAGCGAUGCUCGGGGAGAUGAUCUGUACGACCGCAGUUUCUCAGACUGAUGCCAAGAGAAGGAGGGAAAUCGGCGGCAUUGCAUACUGCUCUCAAGAACCUUGGCUCGAAAACACGUCUAUUCGUCAGAACAUCAUUGGGGCGUCGCCUCUCGACGAGAAAUGGUACGCAACUGUCAAGACGCUCUGCGGCCUGGAUUCGGAUAUAGCGCAGACCCCGAGGGGAGAUGAUAUGCGUAUAGGUAGUCAGGGCCUUAAUCUUAGCGGUGGUCAAAAGCAGCGAAUCGCUCUUGCACGCGCCAUUUAUGCGAGGCAUAAGCUCGUCGUUCUCGAUGACGUUUUUAGCGGCAUGGACGCCCACACAGCGGAGACAGUGUCGUUACGCCUUCUGGGGCCUCAGGGCAUUCUGCGCAAUGCCCAGACGACUGUAGUGAUAGCUUCUCAUAACCGUAAGGUCAUAGCAUUGGUAGACAGAGUCAUUGCCCUAAGACAAGGCAAGAUUGCAGAAAUUACUCGUCCCGCCGCCAUUCUACAAGACGAGGAUACAGCAGGGAAUUUAGGAGCACCCACUAACUCGCAUGAUGACGCCUCGGAAAAUCGACCAGAUGCCGAGGCCACAGAGGCGCCAUCGUCCGGGGACCCCCAGGAACACCUCGAGAUCAAGGAAGAUGGCGCAACCAUGGAAGUGGACGGGAGCCGGAAGAAGGCAGACUUUACCGUAUACAAGUAUUACCUGGCAAAUGCGGGCUACGCGGCAAUCCUUUGUUACGUGGUCGCCGUCGUUGCGUGGAUCUUCUGUACCGAGUUUUCCACGGUUUGGAUCAACUGGUGGUCGGAGGCCAAUACUGUCCAGGUCAACCAAGAUGUUGGUUUCUAUAUAGGUAUCUACACGAUGUUGGGCGUGCUAGGGACCGUUGGAGCCGCUUCGGCUGCCUGGGUUGUUUUCACGUCCGUCAUAAGCAACACCGGCACCAAUUUUCACUCCCAGCUCCUCGAAGCGACUCUUUCGGCGCCACUUCGCUUCUUCACCAAUACUGACAGUGGCGAGCUCCUCAACCGGUUCAGCCAAGACAUGGAGCUUAUUGAUAUGGAAUUGCCUGCUGUAAUGGUCAACUAUACAUCAACCGUCGUCUCAAUUAUCGCCAAAGCGAUUGUCCUCGCGGUAUUCUCGCAGUAUCUUGGUAUAGCGAUUCCAUUCCUCGGCGGCGCAAUGUACCUACUACAGAGCUUCUACCUACAUACUUCUCGCCAGGUCCGCCUGCUGGACAUCGAAGCCAAGGCUCCGCUCUACACGCUCUUCAGCGAAUCCGUCGCCGGCGCGCCCACGAUACGCGCCUUUGGCUGGCAAGACGAAUACCAACGGCGCAACCAUCGACACAUUGACACCUCUCAGCGACCGCUGUACCUCCAGAACUGUAUCCAGGCCUGGCUGGCGUUCGUGUUGAGCAUAAUGGUGGCAGCGCUCACUGUGGUCCUGGUUGCAAUUGUCGUCACUUGGCACGAUAGUUUCAGUCCCGGUAGCAUCGGUGUCAGCUUAACCGUGGUGAUUGGAUUCAGCGAGACCCUUUCACGCGUCAUAGAGACCUGGACAAAACUGGAAUCUAGUCUUGGAGCCGUGAGAAGGGUCAAGCAGUUCACAGACCAGACGGAGCCGGAAAACACGAACGACAAGAAUGAAGAUCCGCCACAAGGGUGGCCCCCAGCCGGGGCGAUUGAAUUUGACGGUGUUACCGCCUCAUACAGACGUGAUGAUCAGUCGGUCCUCAAAAAUGUCUCGCUCCCCAUCCUACCUGGACAACAUGUGGCGAUCUGUGGCCGCACGGGGAGCGGCAAGACAUCACUUAUCCUGAGCCUGCUGCGGAUGAUAAGCGUUGACCAAGGCAAAAUUAACAUCGAUAACGUGGAUACUUCAGCCGUGAGGCGCAGUACCCUCCGUCAUAUUAUCAAUGUAGUACCACAGGAUCCUCUCUGGAUACCGGGGACGAUACGCGCAAACGUAGAUCCUUUUCAUGUCGCUCCGGACGACGCAAUCGUUAGAGCUAUUAUAAGAGUAGGACUUGGAUCCCUCCUCGAGGCCCACGGCAUAGACAAGGUGAUUGAUGUUUCCGUACUCUCUACUGGUCAGAGGCAGCUCCUUUGUUUCGCAAGGGCCAUGAUAAAGACAUCCAAGAUAUUGGUGCUCGACGAGGCCAUGAGCAGCGUGGAUGCCGAAACCGAAGCGAUCAUGCAGGACAUCAUCGACACUGAGUUCAAGGACUGUACAGUGAUAGCUGUAAUGCACAGGCUGCAGCACGUGGCGCGCUACGACAAGGUGGCACUAAUGGAAAACGGUGUGCUGCUCGAGUUUGAUGGGCCUGGGGUGCUGAUGGCCAAGAAGACGCGCUUCGCGGAGCUGUACAAGUCGUAUACGACCUGAUGCGAUCACAAGGAGUAAAAAAUAGGGUCUUAGGUACAGUCUGGCUUUUGCUCGAUUAGCACGACACAUCAGUCUCAAAACUCUAGACUACUUCAUUUGAUGUGCCAAGGUGAUUCUGAUCUAUAAAGACCAGCUUGAACUCAGCCCGAAGCCUUGCUAACCAACAAUGCACUGAUGAUGGCAUCUAUUACGGGGAAAUCAUUUAGCAGCACCAACACAUUCUCACUAUAGCGAU